CGUUCGUCGUGUUGCUCUGCACAUAAUGCUCAGACUAGUCUUCCUUUGUGUCCUGCUGCGGGGUCGCAAACGACACACGGCUUGUCUCCCUCCUUUUUCCUCAUUACUUGAUCACUUUAAUACUGCAUUAGUAUGUAUAAUACGGCAGACUACCCGGCAGUAUAAUUUAGAGUUCAUGUACUUGUAUACUUCAUGUGAAUAAUGGCGCCAACAUUAUGCAGACCACGCUAUGUGAAUGACUGGCUGUACCUUCACAACUAUUAGGAUGACACGUCUGGCAAAAUGCAGCUUUACGCGCUGAGCCGAGUUGUAUGCAUGUAGUGAACUGAUGCACAAGUCUCAUCUCAUUUUGAGUGCAAAGAACCGUGGCAGACAGUCAAACAUGGCGAAUCUGCAGAUUCAACGCAUCAUUGCUGUUGGGUUCCUUACGGUUUUGAUCGGAGCUGGAAAUGCCGCACACACGGUAGUAUACAUGGACGAGAAGUGCGGCGAAACCAUCCAGGCUGGGCGCUCUGGUGGCGUUGUGACUUCCCUGCGCGGCACAUAUUACGAGAACGACUACAACUGCACCAUCACCAUCACUGCCGACAUAGGUCGACAGAUCCUACUGACCUUUGAUCGAGUCGACAUCGAAGGAACGCCCAGUGGUGACUCGGGCUGUGAUGGGGACUACCUGGAGGUCUAUAAUGGGACAAGCACUAUCCUUUCCCCGGUCCAAGUCAUCUGUGGGACAUCUGCUAAUGACAUCGUCUCCUUCUCGAACUCGGUCACUUUGAGGUUCAAGACGGAUCCUGCGGAUUUGUUAUUUAGCACAGAAAGAGGGUUUUUCCUCUCCUAUACAUCCUUCACGACGAUAUCUAAUUUCACGUCCUGUGAUUCUGGCGAAUUCAAGUGUGACAACAAUCGCUGCAUUGGUGCUACCUUCAAAAACAACAUGUACGACAACUGCGGUGAUAAUAGUGACGAAGGUGUGUUCGUUUUAACAGAUCUCGAUCCAAUAUUAACUACUGACUCAGUCGUUUUCCUUAAUGUCGGCAUGAUCGCACUCGUCGCUGGCUGUAUCGGGGGUGCAGUAGUCAUGUGCAUUGGCGUAUGCUGCAUCUGCUACUUCUGCUGUAAGACGUCCCGGCCCCAUCAGCAGACCUCAUACCAGGUCGUGGCUCAGACUCCAAGGCAGCAGCAACAACCUCCUAUGGCCAUGCAGCCGACCGGUCAGCCAGGUCAACAGGCUCCGUACGGUCAACCAGGAGCCUACCCACCCGGUCAACCGGCCUACCCACCCGAUCAACAAGCCUACCCGCCCGGUCAACCGGCCUACGCACCCGAUCAACCGGCCUACCCGCCCGGUCAACCGGUCUACCCGCCAGGACAAGCAGUCUAACCGCCAGGCCAACAGGGCGGUUACCGCCAGUGAACUCUAGAUCAUUUUUUUUUUCCACUAGACUUUCACCCCAAGCCAUUUGGGACUGUAAAAUAAUAUAGCUGAAAUAUCUUAUACGUGUAUAUGUGUAAUUUAAGUUGCUGAUGGAGAGUUUUGACUUGCAACACGGCCCAAGAAUGCAGAAGAAAGCAUCGUAGAUUCACAAUUUUCCGGGGGGCAAUCCCCGGACCCCCCCCCCCCCC